CCGAGCGCUCACUCAACAGUUGUAUCUGCUGAACGCGGCCAAUAGUCGACUAUGAUUGGUCAAUUCUAUGUCCAAUGAAAAUGCGUGGACCAUUGAAAAUGAGACACCCUGCACAUGUCGUCGGUGAUCCCAGGUUUAACGGCAACGAACGGACCGGGGAAAGUCCCUAGGUUAUGAACCGGCCAUCUUGCCUCGUCCCUCGCACGGUUGUCAAUGCGGUCGGGUUGGUCGGGCAGUGUCCGUCGGUGUCCGUCGGCUGGCUGGGGCAGUUGGCGCAAGUUCGCGAUAUGGAACGGCGCGUCGCGAAGCGGUGAUCGUUAAGCGUCGCGGAUCGGGAUCGACGACGCGCCGGAGCUCGCCGCCUGGCGGACAUGGCGGACGUGGCUGUGCAUUAACGUCAACGCAGACACCUUACCCGCGUACUCCGUCGGCGUCAGCGUCCAUCCCGUCGUGUCGUGGCUGCGCCGUGUCGCGAGAACGGGACGCGAGGAACCGUAAACUGCCGAGGGCGCCGCAGAGCGGAAUCGUGUCAAGUCGUGCGGCUCGCCCGUCCAAGAGAUGCUCGCGCGCACAUGGUGACAUCGUCUUCCGGGUUACUGCAAUGAAGUAUAUCGAAUGUAUAUGAAUGACAAUGGGAUGAAACACUUAAAUGAUUAGCAUUUAUAUAUAAAUAUCACUACUUAUUGUCAGUCAUAGAACUUGUGCCAGACAUGGCAGCGAUAGAAGAGAAAAAGCGAGUGGGUGGUUCCAAGGUGUCGGCCAUCGCAAACAUUUUCCAAUCCAAGCCGCAACUGGACAACCUGAGUCACAGAACGAACAAUAUUCUUUCGGAUGGAUUUAAGGAGCCAGCCGUCCCGCUAAAGGAGUCUCCGACGCAAGUGACAGUAGUCAGAACUGAGAGCCAUGUGGCACGUUUCAACAAUGCGCGAGCCCUCUUUGAGAAACUUGGCGAGGAAAACAAAUCGACCAGACCAGUGGAGCGGGUCACAAAACCGAACAACUUGCACGGUCUCCGAUCUCGCUCCAGUUCCGCGAACUCGGGUUCCGGAUGCACUUCGCCCACGAGGUCACCCCGUCCUCACUCACCUUCUCCUCCGGGCAGCCGCGAGCACCUGAGUACGUGGAGCGCCAGCGUACCGGCUUUGAACGCGGAGCGGCACUUCGAGAACGGUCACUGCGUGCCGGAGCGACGUGCCGGCGCGGGCUUGAGUAAGGUCGAACGGACGGGCAAGGAGAACGAUCGUCCGGAGCGGCCGGAGAAGCCGGAACGCCGGCCGAAUUCGAAGGAGCUCAUCGAGAAGCAACGGAAUUGGACUAGCCACUUCUCCAAGGCUAGACCGAACCGCUAUAAUUCCGAUCCGAAUCGCCCGCUGGUUCAAACUUCCCUGAACUCUCAGAAUGCGCAAAGUCAGGCGCAGCAGUCGUCGUCGUUCGUUGACGCGUGCCAGAGCUCGACGAGCGCGGCAGUUAGCGACUCUGCCAGUCCAGCUACCAGAUCGGCAAGCUUCUGCUCGGCACGCUCACCUCCACCACCACCUCCGCCUGUCAGGAACUCGUCCGCGGCUAACAGGAGGGAACGACCGGCGAGUAUCGCCGCCGCCAGUCCGUCUGAACUGCUGGAGAGCCCGGAGUACGCAACGGUGGAGAGGUUUGACGACGUCUCGCCGACGAUUCCAGAGUACGCCGUUGUGCAGAAGAAGAAACCUCAAAACACUCCGAAAGAGAGCAAAAGCGCUGGCGCCGAUAAGACUCAGGACGACUCGCUGCCAGAGUACGCCGUUGUUCAGAAAAAUACUUCAAAAGCGGCUCUGAGGUCGGCGGAGAAUUCCAAAGAGACUUCCAAGACGCAGAAUUUGAAGAGCGCAGCUAGCACCGAGGCAGUUACGGCAAGCAAAAUCCCGAGUUCAAGGUCGAUGGAAGCUGCCAAGGAUGUCUCUAAAUCCACUGUGCAGAGUUUGACAAGCUCCGCGACCGCCGAACCAAUUCUAGGAAGCAAAAUCACAGUUUCAAAAUCAAUGGAAGAUACCAAGGAGGUUUCUAAGGCCACUACGCAGACUGUGAAAGGCCCGCCAGUUGUGGAGGUAGCUCCAGUAUGCAAAGAUGCAGCUUUGAGGUCAACAGAAAAUUUGAAAGAAACCUUGAAAAAUUCUACAUCUAUGGAAGACGCACCAACGUUCAAAGCUAUAGUUUCCAAACCAACGGAGUCUUCAAAGAAGGAGGCUGUGGAGGGAUCGAAAGACGUCACAAAAGGCUCAGCGACUCCAGAAUCGAAAACUGCCAUCGCAAACGAGUAUAGUGGCAUUCCCGAGCAGACGAAAGCAUCGCCUGCACCGCACUACGAGGAUUCUAGUAAAGUCCGAAGUGCUUCGAUGGACAAUAUCCUGACGAGGAGAGAGAGCGACUUGCUAGAAGCGCCGGAGUACUUUAACUGUCCUCCGAGCCCGAUUCACUCGCCAGCAAAGACUUCCGAGUGGAGGAACGAAUGGCUGGCAAAAAAUGACGAGAUUCUGAAGAGAACCGUGGACUUGAGAGAGUUGAAGACUUCGUCAAAGGAGGCUCUGGAGGGAGAGUUACGUAGCGAGGCGACCAGAUCGGACCCAAGGCCCGAUUGGGCCAGACCGAGCGCGAAGAGAAAAGAGAUUGGAGACGAUAAAAGAACCGAGAUACGAUCGCCGGAAUCUGAACUGGGUCUGCCCUCCGCAGGCACCGACAGUGCCUCAUCCAGCAUGAGUUCACCUAGUUCGCCCUCCAAGGAUAGCAAGGAGGAAAAAGCGGAGAAGGAGAUGUCGGAGAAGCAUCAGACAGGUCGCAACAGCUAUGACUUGGAAGCGGAGGACCAGGAUAAGCCAGCCACGUAUCAGAGCUGUGUCUCGGGCACGGAGAGCCUUUCCGAGAAGGAUCAGUUCAAGUUCAACGAGACGGACACUACCACGGUCAUUCGACGUUCUCACGUGCGUCUUGAUCUUCAGGCCGCGGGUCUAGGUCCACGUCCACCCUCUGUCAUCAGUUCUGACCAAGAGUAUCCGCCGCUAGAACAUAAGGAGAUCCCUGUGCCCUCGCCGUAUGCCAAGAAGUUACAGCAGAGCGAGGAAAUUGUUUCGCAAAGUAAUACCGAAUGCAAAACUCAAUCGAAACCAAACACAGAGGCGAAGAACUACGGCGGCACUACGGAAACGAUGAAAAUCAAUACCACGUCCGCGGAAGAUACGCUGGAGGCGAAAGUGAAGUCCAGCAGCGAUGGAGUGUGCCAGAAGACGGUCUCGAAUGCGAAGAAUGAUCAAAUCAAAAUCAGCGUAAGGGAGAAGAUUGCAAAGAACAGGGAGGAGGUCUCUGGCAAGCGCUCCAGUUUUGUCGAGACAGAAAGCAAGGAUAGUGUGGACAAAUCAGCCAUUCGUAGUCAGGAAAUUAAUAGCUUCGGGCUCAUUACGAAGGAGAGCAAAGACGAGGAGAAAUAUGUAACAGAGGUGGUGAAAUCUGAAGUCAGUAGGAAAGAGUGCAUUGCAGCGGUGAACAGUGUCCUGAGUAGGAAGCUGGAAAAGGAAGUGGACCAGCCGCAGACGACGUGGGAACAAGAGAAGCAGAAGGCUGAAUUAGCGAAACUCCGGUUAUCGGAGAACAAUAAUCAGGACUCUUCGCUGUCACCUAGCGCGCUUUCGCAAAGACAUUCCAACAAAAAAUCCGAGCACUCCACGUCGGAGAGCAGCCAGUAUGAGGACAGUGACUCCAGUGACACAAAGACCGUUACAAAUGUGGAAUGUGUAGCAAGGGAAAUGCAGAACAAUUCUGUUGGAAUUGCAGAGACAGCUUCGAAGAACAGUGUUAAUCAUAUCACUCCUGUUACGCCGGAUACCAUGACGCCAGACGAGGCUGAAAAUCUACUGAGCUCUCGCAUCUUAGAAAAGAAGAUUAGACAAGGUUCGGCGUUGCUAUCGGACGAGGAAGCGCAGGAGAUAGCGAGGCUGCUGUCUCCCACCGGUGCCAAUGACGCAAUAAUAGGUGAUGGGAUUUCUAAUGACAAGGAUAAGGAAGGACAGGACAGGGAUAGGGAGGACCAGGACAACACGCCCGACUGGCUGUCCGAUGUCCUGUCUGCUCCUGAUUCCAGUCUUAUCAAUAGUGCCACUCAUGAUUAUAGUUUGUCUCACAGAUCUCGCAGUGACCUGACAAUAGACUCGUUAACGGAAAGUCAAAUAGGAUCGGUCACAGGAAGUGAGAGCGGACUGUUAGGUUCAGUCAGCAGCUUAAACGACACCCACGAAACUAACGAUGACACCGAAACCGAGCAUCAGGACGAAUAUAUUCCAACACCAGGAAAGAUUGUACUCGUGGAGAAUGGCGUGCAUUACUUCGAGGACGGUCACUUUUGGAUGGAAGUGGCGGGGAUCCCAGAAUCCGACGAAGACGAUGACGACUAUCCGUCCACCGUGCCCAUCAAGAAGACCUCCAAAGUGUCCUUUGACACCGGUCCCAUGCGUGUUUAUUCCACGCAUUCUGUUAAUGAAUACGAUCGUCGUAAUGAGGAUGUCGACCCUGUGGCGGCCAGUGCAGAGUACGAGCUGGAAAAACGUGUCGAAAAAAUGGAGGUGUUUCCUGUCGAGCUGAUGAAGGGCCCGGAGGGUUUGGGCCUCAGCAUAAUCGGCAUGGGCGUGGGCGCAGACGCGGGUCUAGAAAAGUUGGGCAUCUUUGUGAAAACUAUCACGGAGAAAGGUGCGGCCGCGCGCGAGGGUCGGAUCCAGGUGAAUGAUCAGAUCGUCGAGGUUGACGGCAAGAGUUUAGUCGGCGUGACACAGGCGUAUGCCGCUAGCGUGCUGAGGAACACCUCCGGUCUCGUGCGAUUUGUCAUCGGCAGGGAGAGAGACCCCAAGAACUCGGAAGUGGCGAUGUUGAUUAGGCAGAGUCUCCAGGCGGAUAAAGAGAGGGAACUGGCGAACGCUGCCAAUAGAAAACUCAACUUCUCUGACGCUUCUCCCGAUGGCCAGCGAGGAAGCGAAGAUAUCUCCGUUGGCAGCGGAAUGAGCGGGAUUCCUGGUUCGCCAGCGAUGUCCUCUUGCUCGGAGGGGGAACCGGCACACAGUCCUAUCGAGAAUUACCUGUCGCCUUCUAGUCGCAGUCGAUCUCCGAUACUUAGCUCGUCGCAACACAAUACUACGCAGAGCGACGUAGACAGCCUGAGAUUGCUCUUGCAAGAGAGUCAGUAUAAACUCUCAUUAGCGGACGAGGAAGUGGAAAAGCUCAAGGCGAAGUUAGUAGAGCUGGAAAACAGCGGAGCGGGCAGCGAAGAAUAUGCGGCUAAACUGCGUGAAUCUGGAUUACGCCUUCACGAAUCGGAGAGAGCAUUGGGCUCCGCUCGUCAGGACCUGCUAACAGCCAGGGAGAUGCUGUCGCAGGCGACGGCGCAGAACGCAGCUCUGCAGCAGAAGUACGCCAGAGCCAGGAGAGCUGCCAGGGAACUACGCGCGGAUAUCGCAGCCAGGGACGAGUUCUAUCAACAAUUGUUGCAGGAAAAGGACACGGAAUACAAUGCGCUGGUAAAAAGUCUCAAGGAUAGGGUGAUCACACUAGAGGUGGAGCUGACGGAGACCCAGAGGCGAUUUGGUUUGCCAGUACGAUUACCGUACGAUAACACUACUACUAGGAUAGUAACACCACAGCUUUCUCGUAGACAACUGCCACCACCGCCUUCAUCAACUAGCUGCCAGCUUUCCGAUACAGAGACCUCCGACCUCAGUAGCCCGGAUGACGGUGAUAAGACUGCGACUGUGGAGAGGAAACUACCUCUACCGUUACCGGUAAAGGAAGAAUUAGAUCGUGCUGUACCAGCCCAUCGUCUGUUGGACAAUUCUGCUGGCAAGAGCAAGGCAGAGCUAGCCAGCAGAGGUGGCUUAGCCAAUCGUCAGUUGCCCAGGCGAUCUGGAGGCCUCAGCAACAGUAGUUCUGACUACGGAUUGGACGAGUCGGGCGACAACACGGAUGAUGAUUCCUCCUCAAAAAUGACUUCGCAAGACAGCAGCAGGUCGCCCAACGACUUAACAUCCAAGCAAUCCAAUCUGAGUUCCUAUUCCAGCACUUCAUCCAUCAGUUCACUUAAAGGAAAAUCGCACAUGGAUCCUAUACAUCCCACUGCGAUCCGCCAGCACAGCACCAUCAGCUCGCAAGUUAGAGCGAUGACCGAGCAAGGUUGGCAGCAAUCACAGAAAACUUUGACCGGACCUCCUGCGUCAUUGGCAGAACAGCUUAAGCAAGUUCUGGCCGAGCGAGAAAAGCGGCUGGGCGGAAACGACUCCUCGAGGGAGAGCUCUGGAGAUUUCAGUGAUCUCAACAAUCCUCAUAAUAACGAUCCAACUAUGGUUACGCAUCAUCUUGUGGAGGAGAUACGGCAGGCUGUUAACGAGGCUAAUCAGAGAGUGAAAAAGGUAGCGAUUCCUCCAUCAAAUUUGAUCGGUAGCGGAAGUGCUCCAUGGCAUCAUCCGGGAAGCUCUCCCUCAAGUUUGUCUUCCGGUGGUUCUGUGAGUCCUCCCGGUGUUGAUCCUAGUCCUUUAAAAGUCGGCGGCGUCGUAGAUUCGAGCACAGUUUGGUUGCCCGCUCACCUAAGCGACUUUGGUUUAGGUGACAAGAAGUCCCACUUCUGGCAGAAUGCGCCAGUCGCAGAUUGGUCCAAGGAACAAGUGUGCCAGUGGCUGACAGGAAUCGGUUUAGAACACUUUUCAUCUCAAUUUUUGGAUAACGGCAUUCAUGGAAAUAACCUGUUGCGUUUAGAGUCGAGAGAUUUGAAGACUUUAGGGGUUUACGGUGACGCUAAGGCUCAUCUGAAGCGCAAACUAAAGGAGUUAAGGGCGCAGGCUGAUCGUGAGCGCAAGGAGCGUAAAGAGAUCGAACGAAUGCGACGGAAAGCAGAGAAAGCCGCUCGGAAAAAAUAGCUUGCGGAUAAAUUAGAUGCAUUCGAUAUCAGUUAGACACCCCAGUAGGUUAAUGAAGAUUUUUUGGGCGCGAAGUGUACAGGGUAUCUCGAAAGAGGUAAGGAGGAAUUAAUGGAAAUUUUAUUCGAACUCUGUCGGAAAGCUGUCGAGAAUAUUCAUCGAGAAAAAUUGGGAAGCAAAUUUCCUGUGUGAAGAUUGGAAAGAAGUUUACCAAAGAAAUAAACGUUGGAACUGGAAAUGACGCCGUCCAUUUCAUACAGGGUGUCACCUAGAAAACUAUAAAUCCUUUUUAAAAUAGAAGUGUCACGUUCUUCAAGAUGAAAGAACUAUAUAAGCAUAAUCUGGAAAUUAUGCAUUCUUUAUAUGAUUGCCUCUUCGGGUCUUUUCCUCUCUUCUUUUAAUAUAUUCAAUUAAUUUCGAACAAUAAUAAAAAUUACGACAUAUUAAAUAAUUGUAUAUUCUAAUUGACAUUAUAAUUAUUUCAAAUAAUUCUUCAUGAUACUUGUGUGAAAUGAUAGUAUUAAAUCCAUGUGUAGUAUUAAUGGGAAAAAUUACCUAUGUGUAUUUAAUUAUGAUUAUGUGAUUUUUUUUAUUUGAAAUAAUUUAUAAUAACGAUCGAAUAGCGAUUCUUUAUAAGAAAACAUUUUAAUAUUAUUAGGAAUUAAUCUGAAUUGGAAGAAUUAUUGUUUUAAUAAUUA